CUGUCUCAGGAAUAUGAAUAUCGAGCUGAUCUGAAUUUGAUCCAUCGAUCGUUACAGAUCAGCGAACAAUUCUAAUUUUUUGUAUGAAUGUCCAUGUCGUUACAUAAAGACGCGUCGUAGUUCUCGCAGGUUGUGACGUCAUCUUCUCGUAGCUUCUCAUCACACAGCCAUGGUAUUUGGUACCGGAACUUCCCGGCAUUUUUCGAGUUUCGCGGCUCAACAAGUUUUCGGUGGUGGUACCGUCCCACCAACCCCUACCGCUCUUGGCGAAAACUCCCCUUCGCUCCCCGAGCACCAAAACGAAAACCAUCUCGAAUUCAAAAACCUCGGCCCUGGGAACCCGAACUUCUUUCAGCCGGACGACCAUGAUCCCCUGUUCCCCAACCGCAUGGCCGACAAGGCCGCUCUGCAGAUGCCGGUCCUCGGGUUAGAUGCUGGGACCCUGAAACCCCUAACCAAGAUGAUGAAGAAGGGAGAAAGGAUCGACGUCGAGACGCUCGUUUCGAACGGCGGCGCGAAGGCGUUGGAAACGCUGUCUUCCGCGCGGCUGAUGGGCCAACUGGAUCACAGCAUGCUGGCCCGCCUCGGCCCGGACAUUCUCCGGAAAACCGCACGGGAGGCGGCCUGGAACGUGUUGAAAAACGUGCCGGGGCUGACGGAGGAGGGAAAACAGGAGGUCAUGGACGAAUUCGACGAGUACGACGCGCAGACGAGGGAGGAGACAGAUCCGUUCGUAACGGAACUGGACUCCGCGCUGAAAGUAUUGAACAAAGCCAGAAGAGAGCAGGAGGAGGAGGGCGCGGGAACGGCAGCGAAAGAUGCGGUCUUGGGAAAACGAAGUGCAACUGAAGCUGCGGACGGUAGUAUCGCCGCAGCAAGACCAAGCACAAAAGCGAAAAAACCUGUAGUUGGCAACGAGGAGCAGCAGGACGCCAGAAGCGAUGAACCAGAUGCGAACGAGAAGGCUUCGGCGCGAAAGGCAAAUAAACGAAAAAAGGCAAAGCAUCGUGGUGCGAAUGGACAACAUCAUCCGGAUACUGGAAGUAAAGGCCGCGCAAGAAAACGGAAGCCACCGUCUCUUGCGCUGCAGGAACAACGUCAGGAUAACGGCCCGAUGCAGUUGAAUGUGACACAAUUCCUGGAUAUCGGGCUCCAGGUGAAGCAGCCUACAUCCCGCACCACUUCUUUCGCUGCCAACGAAGCCCCAGCGGCUGCUGGUCCCACACCGCCCACUCCUGCUGAUGCUACAAAAGCCAAACCCCCGCCAGCAGCAAAGCCAAAGCCACCGCCAGACGCAGACAAGGCCAAAGAAAAAACCGCCAGCGGCCCCCUAGCGAACUGGCACAACUUCUUUGCGCAUUUCAAAGAUACUCUGGCGCUGCUAAACUAUCCUGUGCAAAAGUAUCGUACUCGUAUUGCAAUCAUGCAUUACAAAUCUUUUUCUUAAGGUAAAUCAGCAUUACAAAUUUUAUUUCUCAUGCUGAGGAAACUUGUAAUGCAUUUAUACGAGUACGAUACUUUUGCACAGGAUAUAAACCCCGUCGGGCUGAUGUCCAUCAUGUCUUCUUCGUCGCACAAGGCUGCGUAUCAACUGUAAAAGUGUCUGGGUCUGGAAGAAUCCAACUUGUCAUGCUGAUUUUGGAUUCUAAAAAAAUCUGUAUUGCAUGAGCAGCAAAGAGAGUCCAAGUUUUGCUACACGGACAGAGCAUUUGUCAUGCGGUAUAGGCAUCAGGAAGCCCUCACAAAAUCUGUGAUGCUAGGGCAUGCAUCACAGACAUCAGGAGUCAUGCAAAAUGUGCAUGACAAACCUGGCAAUCUUCCAGACCCAGACAUUUUUACAUUUGAUACUGCGGCACAGGAUGCCGCGGCACAGCAGGCAGCUUCUGGGUCAACAGCGAAGCAGCAGCCAGGCGGAGACCAGCAGUACAACCAUAAUCAGCAUCACGGCCACCACAAGCACCACGCGGCCGCCCAGCGGAAGUCGGAUGAGAUCGAUAAAGAGGCGGUCGAGGAUGUGAAGCGCGAUUUCGCGCCCGUAGAAAUGAAGAUGAAUCCAGAGCGGGCAAAGUUGGAGUACAAGCUGGAUCACCCCAAACCGGUCCCCGAACCUGGGAAAAGUGUUAACCAACAGGCCGCGGAGCAGGAUGCAGAGGAGCAUGCGGAUGAAAUGGAAGAGGAGGAAGCGGAAGGCGAGACGCCCGGAGGUAAAAGGGCUAUUUGCCUUGCAAAAAGAAAAACACACCUUUUGUUUUCUUUAUCGAUCUUCAUGUCUAAACUUAAUACUCGUUAGAGGUGAGGGACACAUCGAGUACUGUACAUCAACACCAAAAUCCAAUCAAUAGCACGUUGCACACAACAUGCGAAGCUUGUGAUGUUGACGUGACGACCUCCAAAACGCAAAUCUCGCACACAGUCCCGAAACCGUCCGCGAAAUCCCUCGCCGCCCCCGCGCUGAAGAAGUACGAAGAGCUGCGUUUGACUGCAGCGGAGAUCAGCGCGAUCCGGGACCGUGGCGACUUCCCGGACCCGCACACAGUGGACGUCGCAAUGAAGAGCAUCAACAUGUACGACCGGGCGGUCCCGGUCCACGAGACCGUGAAGCAGGCCUGCACGGCCUACGCCAAGGCGAGGAAUGAAAUCCACCAGCUCGCCGGGAGCUGCCGGGCGCUGGAGGCGACGUUUAUCCGGAAAACCGACCCGCAACUUUUGAAAGACGGCAUCAUCCACGGUUGCGGCGAGUCGGUUAUCAAAUGUAAAAAUGUCUGGGUCUGGAAGAAUGCAAGAUUUGUGAUGCAGGUUUUCCAUGAACAAUGAGGUCUGGAAUGCGAGACCCAGCAUGGCAGAUUCUUUGAGGUCUCUAUCAUGCCUCUCCUGCAUGAGAAACUCCCUCGCAACUUGGUCAAAAGCGGACAGCUUUUGGCACUCACGCAACACAGAUUUUUGCAUCAUUCAGGUUUAGCAUGACAAGUUGCAUUCUUCCAGACCCAGACAUUUUUACAGUUGAUAUCGGUUUUGGAUGUUGACGAGGACUGCGAGGAGCCGGCGGACGAGUUGGCGUGUCGGGCUUUUUAUCCUGUGCAAAAGUAUCGUACUCGUAGUAUUCGCAAUCAUGCAUCACAAAUCUCCCUCCUAACCUAAAUCCGCAUUAUAAAUUCCAUUUUUCAUGCUGAGGGAAUUUGUCAUGCGAUUUAUACUAGUACGAUGCUUUUGCAUUUCAUACUUUUGAGACGUUCGUGAAGAAAGUGGACGCGCAGGUGUUGGAAACCUGCAAUGGGGAGCUGACGUUGGACGAGCGCGGGAAAACGGAGACGCCUUUGGUGCCGAUGGACCUGGAUACGAUGAUAUCGGAGCCUGACGACGAAUCGGCGGGCGGGACAAACGCGGCCACUGCGUCGUCGAUGGCUUGAGGAUAGGGCUACUUAUCUGUGUAGCAUUGAUUGCUGCGCCCCUGGAAAUGUACUAAGUACUUGAAAAUAUCUCCUUAUUUCUGCUUGUUCUUCCGUUUCAAAAACCUGAAGAUUCUCCUGUAGGAUUUUUCUAAAGAACUGUUUUCUGCGAGGACGAUUCGGAAAAAAUGGAGCUAAU